AGGCAGUAGUUUAAACAGCUACACGGUAGGGUCCUUCUUAGCUGGAGGUGACAUUCAGUCGCAGCGAAGCAGUUGACUAGAGAAGCAGGGAAACUACUCCAAAAUGGCACAAGCUGUGCAGAAAUUGGUGGCCAAAGUACCAACAUUGGUCGGCGCCGCUGUCACAUACUCAAAACCUAGGCUAGCGACCUUCUGGUAUUACGCCCGUGUGGAGUUGGUGCCCCCUUCCCCUGCCGAGAUUCCCAAGGCCAUCAGUGGGCUUACGAACAUAGUCAAGGGCUUCCAGUCUGGACGUCUAGGACAAACCACGGUUAAAGACGCUGUGAGGAAUGGACUGGUUGCCACUGAAGUGCUGAUGUGGUUCUACAUCGGAGAGAUCAUCGGGAAGGGAGGUCUCAUUGGAUACGAUGUUUAGAUCAUGAACUGUCAUGUUACUUUUUGCUCUGCUGAGUGUUGUAUGCUCUCACCUUCCAGCUCCAAACUAUUGAUUCAAUGAAUAAAUGUCUAUUGUUUAA